UCAACACAGAGAAUGAACGUAUCUGGAUUGUCCGCACGUGGUGAUGUCCGCCGUUCGACUUGAAUGGGGCUCUUUUGACAACAGCAGCGAGCGCCUCGAGGGGGGGAGCCCAUUAGAAGAGUCUGACUCAACAUGAUGCUCACAUGGAAACUCCGCUCUCUACUCCAUGGCCUAUUGAGUUUCUUCCAAGGUCUACUAUACAACACCCAGCCUGUCAUCGUGUUGCUCCUCGUACGUCAUCUCAAUCUCGACCGCCGGUGGGGAUGUCUGCCAGUGGCACUCAUGACCGGUCUAGCAGCCAUAUCCGAGGGCAUCGUCGGAUCCUCGGGUCGAAUACAUGUUCGUCCACCCCUGAUCUUGCCGGUGCUCGCCAUAAUGCUCACUUGCAUCGGCAUAGCGUUGUCUUUUCCAAUAAACGACGUGGUCACAAGCUACGCGAUCGCGUGUGCCGUUUACGGACUGGGUGUGGGCCUCAGCCGAGGAUUUACGUCGGAUACGCGAGAUGAGGCCGACUCGUAUAGGAAGCAUGUGAACGGACAGCUCUCGUCUGUGCUCGGGGGCUUCGUUGGCUGUCCUCUAUUAUUAGUACUCGAAGAUCUCGUUACCCUGCGCGGUGCCAUGCUAAUCUUGGCCGGGGUUGGUUUGCACGCUAUAGCGGUUGUGAUCGUUCAGUUUCGUGACAAAAGAUCGCCGGUCUCACCGUGCUCGCCACCGAUGGCUCCAGCAGAAGCGCCAAAACCGCAAGAACACACUCCCGGUGAUAUGAAUACGCUCGGAGACUCACGCUCGGUCAGGUCGAACAAGGCAAUCGAGCUACGUCAAAUCAUCGAUUCCAGUCAGCGUUCGGCCGCGCCACCGGCUCCCGUCCUACUUCCCCUGAAGAUCGCCGGUAAACUGCCGUACUCCGCGCAACGGAAAAAUCAGUCACAACAGUUCGGCUAUCGGCAGAGAGUGAACUCGGCAGCCGAGCGCGACCUCAGUCUCAAAAAUCACCUAGCUACGCUGAAGCCAAGCCGUCGGCGUUUGAACACCGAGCCCAGCAACGUCAAUUUCAGCCUGAACAUCGUCAACCAGAUUAUUUCCCAACAGCCGGACAGAUCGGUGAGCGUUGACGUUCUCCCCGAUUCGAGUGUGCUUCAGACAACCUUGCAUCGGAGAUCGGUUUCACAAGAGAGCAUCUCGAUCCUCACGCCGAUCGAAUUGCCCGUGCCGUUUGCAGAAGCCGUCAUCCGAACCCUAACGACUCCUGCCUUCGUUCUCUUAUUGUUGACAGCGGUAUCGAAUUGUCAUAUCUGGAUGAUCUCCUCGACCAUGUUGGAUGCCUUCGUCGACAUCCAGCUGAUCGUUGAGGAUUCAACUUUCAUACGAGCCGUGUGUCUCUUCCUAGUCAUGGCAUUAGCGAACGUCACCGGUAUCUGUUUCUGCAAUUUCCUCUUGCGCACCUUCGACAUUCCAGAGAAGACGAUCGUCUUGCUGACGAAUUUCAUAGGCGGCUCCUGUCUGCUCAUGACACCGUUCCUGCACAAUUUGGUCGCGGUUGUGUUCUGGGCGGUGGUUCUGGGCUUCGUGCAGGGAACUUUGGAGUUUGUUCAGCCGAAUCUCGUGAGCUUGUAUCUGGGUCCCCGAAUGAGACAGUGCGGCAUCGGAGUACUGAGGAUAUUCGUCGGCCUCUAUCUCAUCGUUGCCUUGCCUCUAUAUGCGCAUUCCUAUCGCGAUGCCCGCGAAUCAUAUGAUGUUCUCUACCAGAUUUUCGGUCUCUUACAGACAGGUAUCACCUUCUUGUGGCUUUUCCUCGAACCAUUUUUCGACAAGCCGCAGACUGGGGGUCCUGUUUUACUUGACCACGAAGUUUGCUGA